AUGAUCAUGUGCUCGAGAAGCAACUCGUUCCAGAAGGUUGAGGAUCUCGCCGUCAAUCUCGUCAACGCGCUUAAGCCUGGCGGCUGGACGUUGGGUACUGCACCGGCUCUGGCCUUCAUGGCUCAUAGCCUGGGGGGGAUCCUGCUGAAACAGACAUUUGUCAUGCUUGCUGGCAGUGGGGGGAGCGAAGACAAGAUUUUGGCCAAGACAACAGGUGCUCUCUUCUUCGGCGUCCCCAGCCAGGGGAUGGAGACCUCUGACAUCAGUGCGCUGCUCGGUCACCAGCCCAACAUCCACGCUCUUGUCAGUGAGCUCUCUGUGGAUUCACAAUUCUUGCUUCAACUGGAGAGACAAGUUUCUGGCCUGUCACAUGUUCGCCGGAUGAAAUUUUUCUGGGCCUAUGAGACCCAGACAACUCCUACGCUUACGCAAGUCUCAGGCAAUUUCCAGAGGAACGGAAUGGAGAAGAUUCUGGUAUCGAGGAUCUCUGCGACAUGUGGCCGAUGCGACUCUGAUUCUGCCUCAACCAUUCAGAUUGAUGCGAAUCAUUCCAAUAUAGUCAAGUUCUCCCGGGGAAGCCACGCUAUCCCUCUUGUCACAGACAAGUUACGGGAAAUACUUGCUCAUCGGCUUGAGCGUCACCCAGAGCUAUCUAAACCCCAUUAUCCUGUUCUUUCAUCGGAUGCCUUGAUGCAGGCUGCAUACAAAAGGAUUGGUUUGGGCUCGUCAGAUGAGCUCAUUGAUGGAGGAGUUGCCGGGACGGAUCUUGGAGAACUUUCAGAUCCAGCAUCAUCUCCAGACUUUUGGAAUAUUAAAGCUAUCAUUAGAUCCAUCCGACCCUCCCAGAGAGAUGAUAGGCUCCAUCAAAUCGAAGCGAGAGCGGGAUGUUCUUUUGAAUGGGCCUUCAACCGAAGUGAUAUUGGGCUAACGACAUGGCUUCAGAAAGGGACGGGACUAUUCUGGAUCAGCGGCCGUCCCGCUUCUGGGAAGAGCACGAUGAUGAAAUUCAUCAGCAAUGACGAGCGCACGUGGAGGCUUCUGCGUGAUUGGCAAAGUCGUAGUCACCAGGUCCAGGCCAGUUUCUUCUUCCACCACCGAGGCACCGCAGCGCAAAAGUCUUUUGAAGGACUUAUGCGCAGCAUCCUGAGCCAGUUACUGGAGAGGGAUCCUGACAUAGUUGGCAUGAUUCUCCCACUGGUUCAGGACCUCUAUCAGCAGCGGCUGAAAGCACAGAACCUCGAAAGUCUUCCCUGCGAUCUGACGCGGCGGAUCAAGAUCGCUGAUACGAGGAACAGCAUUGGCUUUUGCACAAAGCCGAAGGAACGGGCGAGAAAAUCCGCAGCUGUCCUACUGUGCGACUUUCCUCUUCGAGAGUUUCGCAGACUGGUACGAACGCCUAUGGACGGAGAUGGACCUGUUUGGGACGCUCUGGAGGACGGGAUCCUCUGCCGCAAGGAUGAGAUCUUGUCAACCGAGGGCAAAGUCAGCGAACUUCGAAAAUUGAAGCCACGCAUCUACCCAGAGGACUGGAGGGAGGCAAAAAUAGAUCGCUAUCUAUCUCUAACAUCGAGUUGGUGCGACACUGUUGACCUCCGUUCCAAGUUGAGAGACCUCCGUGCAACACCCGGGUCUUCGAAGGCUGGGCACCCUGAUGACGAUGACGAAUGGGUCCAACACCAAUGUGCCGGAAUAACUUCACGACAGCGCGCCCGUGAGCAGAUCCGAUUCAAACUCGAAACUGAGAGAUGGCCAGAUAGUCUCGUAAGCAAAGCAAUCAACACAAUCAUGGAGCAGAAGGCCAUCGAUCUGGACAUCUUUCUUUUCAUCGACGCCGUGGACGAAUAUGAUGGCCCCACCGACUUUAUUGCCGGCUUUCUCCAUGAUCUUGUGAAGCAAAGAGAUAAUUCUCGGACUCGGACAAAGGUCCUCUUCUCCAGCCGACCUUGGAAGGUUUUCGUUGAAGCUUUUGGCUCUUGCCCAGGGUUUCAAAUCCACUGUCACACCGAAAAUGAUGUACGAGAACUCUGCGCACACAACCUCAGCCUAUCUACACCAGGCUGCCACGAGAUCUUCCAAUUGACAGGCGAGAUAGUGCGAAGGGCCAAAGGUGUUUUCCUGUGGGUCAAGCUGGUCUUGCACGACCUUGCCGCCUAUGCAAGAAGGCGCCUCGAGGCCGGGCGAGUACAGGACCUUCGGCGCGAACUUCUCGACGAGCUACAAUCGCUUCCGGGAGAUUUAGCCGACUACUAUGAGACUAUUGUGGGCAGAAUACCGCCGACUUUCAGGUGGGAGGCAUACUGUCUCCUCGAAUCCGUGGCAAGAUCGAUCGAGCCCAUCCCCAGUCGUGAAGCGGAGAAGCUGGUGAAGUGUGCGAACAUGGACGCGUUCACAGACGGACACAGCGAGUUGCAAGGCGCCGCCAGGGGCCGGGCCUGGGAUAGGAGCCACGUUGGGGAAAUCACAGGGGGCCUGAUUGAGGAGAUUGUUGGCGACCCUUCGCGCAGCGGAGAACCUCGAGUUAUACUUCAGUUCAUACACCAGACCGUGCUUGAGUUUGUCAAACAGCCUGCAUUCAAGUAUAUGAUCCUAGGGGCGGUAGGACACACGACGGAGGAGAACGGCCAUUCUUUCCUCGUCAAGUACCUUCUCAAUCGCGGUAAACUCGAAGUCUCUCCGACCAUUCUUUGGCAUGCUCGCGAAGCGGAGAGAUCAACUGGAGUCAGUCAGCUCAGCUUACUGCAAGGAGAAUUGAUGAUCAGGGAGCUAGGGUUGCUCACCUCCCCCGCGAUUCUGGCAGUCACAGGGAAGCUCGACCUCCUGAUCAACCAGAUACUCCAAAGAGACGAGAGGGCAUUCGCCAAAGGCUCUGAUUCCUUUCUCUCGUGUAUCGCAUGGGCGUUCAAUUGCAAGGUCCUCACGCUUGAUGAGGCGAUCGCAAUGCUUCAUUUCAUCGCGGAGCACGGGUUCAGGGUCGAAUGCGAUGUGCGCGGGCUUAGGCUAAUCGAUCUCCUUUCUCGCCGGGACAUCCCUGAGAACAAGGAGCUGCACAAAGCUGCCCUGGAGGGCUGCAGGGCGCUGGACAUGAGAGUGAUGGACCUGCAGUCACCAGACCAUUGGGGCCACAUUAUUCAUUACAGCGGUGCAAUGACGGCGCGAUACCUCCUUGACCAGGGCGUGGAUCCGAAUUCAUUGGAUUCUCGAGGCUGGACACCUUUAGACCACGUUGUGGACUGGCCGUAUCAGCUUGGAGCGCCCUUGGGGUUGAUUACUGACACGACAAAUCCCUUUUGGUCGGCAGGCGGUGCGGAGGACUCGGGCAACUAUAUCAAAGAGACAUUUGAGAUGUGUGUGCUACUGGUUGAAGCAGGCGGCCUGCUUAACAAAGUACCGCGGGAUACAUGGGCCAGGGUUGUUGCUGACUUUCGGAAGCACGGAUAUUACGUUCAAGUGUUCCGAAGAUACAACUUUCCAAAGUACCUAUCCUCAAAUCACAGGGGAUCCCUUGGCGCUCCAGGGACAAACCUGAAGGCCCGGUGGGAAAGACUGACAGGCAAGAUUAAAAGACAUGCUGGGUAG